GAAAUUGAGAUAGUUGCUUUGCUUGUGGCAAAGCGAGCCUUCUCAAACGAGCGACGUAACGCUUACAAGACUACCUUUAUCAUAAUACACACACGCGCACACAACAUCCCACAGUAGCAGUGUCGCCAUGUUAGUGGCACCCCAAAUGCAGCAGCAGCUGGGGGCGCCGAUACAGGGCGGGCGUUUGGCGAGCUCGAGUGUUGCGGGGCAUGCACAGGCUCGCGCAGCUGGCCACCGUCUUGCACAGGCCAUGCAAACGGCCGCGCACGCAGUGCCCAGCGCUGCCGCACGCCCCGCAGGCAGCCCGGCGCGCUGGGCGUGCCAGCCCGCCCCGCGCACCGCCUCCCGUGCCGUCCAAACCCUGGCCUCCAGCUCCUCCCCAUCCCCCGCCGCCCCCGCAACCACCGUAACCCAUACCAGCAGCCGCGACGUUUCGGAGCUCAUGCGCGACCCCGCGUCCGCCCUAGCUCACAGCGCCGCUGGACCCGUUCUGGUCUGGUUCCGGAACGACCUGCGGUUGGACGACCACCCGGGGCUGACGGCAGCAGCCGCCGCCUGUCGUACUGGAUCUGGAUCCGGCUCCGGAUCCGGGUCUGGGCGGGCGCUGCUGCCGCUUUACGUGCUGGAUCCACAGCGGCUGUCGCACCUGGCGUACAUGCCGGGCGGGCCGGAGGCCCUGUCCUCGGCGCUGCAGCGGCUGCGGUCCGAGCUGCGCGCCCUGGGCUCCGACCUGGUGGUGCGGCUGGGCGCCUGGGAGCAGCAGCUGCCGGAGGCGGCGGCGGCGGCGGCUAGUGGCGGCGGCGGCGGCGGCGGCGCGGCGGCGGUGGUGACGGAGGAUGAGGUGGAGGUGCGGUACCGGCAGCCGGCGCAGCGGGCGCUGGCGGCGCUGGGCCAGCAGGGCGGUCCUGCCCAGGCCGGCGGCCCGGUGGCGUUCAGCUGGACUGCGCCGCUGUGGCCGGCGGAGAGGUUCGACAACCGCUACCGGACGUGGCGGGACAAGCGCGGUCCGCCUGCGGAGCCGCUGCCGCCGCCAUCGGCGCUGCCGCCGCUGCCCUCGGGUGUUGAGCCAGGCGCCAUCCCCACCGCCGAUGAGCUGCGCACGCUGCUGACCGAGGCGGCUCUAGCGGCGCUAGCCGCCAAUGGCGGCGGCGACGGCGGCGUGACGGCGGUGGCGCGCGCCGCCAUUGACGCGGCGGCGGCCAGUGUGGACACACAGCUGGCGCGGCGGCUGGCGGCGGCGCCGGAGAGCCCCCUGCAGCUGCUGCGUAUGUACCUGGGCACCGCGCCGGCCGCCCCCGCGCAGCCCGCCUCCGCCUCUGUGUCCAUCGAUGAGGAGGUGGAGGCGCUGCGGCGGCCGGGCGUGGAUGGCGCGCCCUUCACAGGGCUGUUCGGCACCGCCAAGGCGCUCGGCACCCUCAGCGUGCGGCGCGUGUUCAAAGAGGCGUACGUGGCUGACGGGCGGCCGUACGGUUCUGUAGAGCCCCGCCGCCUGCGCUCUCCGGCGGCUGUGGCGGCGGCCGUGGGCGCCGAGGCGGCCGACUUCCACCGGGCUCUGGCGGUGCUGGACGACGCCCGCACAGUGGCCCCGGGGGUGGAGGUGCACUUCUGGCGCUGGCGUGGCGGCCUCACCGACUACUGUGUGGCCGAGCCCGCCGACCCGCUGCCGGGCGCGCCCGCCGUGCUGCUGGUGCACGGCUUCGGCGCCUUUGGCGACCAGUGGCGCGGCAACAUGGCGGCGCUGGCGGCGGCGGGCUUCCGAGUGCUGGCGCCCACCUUCCCCGGCUUCGGCCGCAGCCAGAAGGCCGCGGUGCCGUACAGCCAGGACCUGUGGCGCGACUUCCUGCGCGACUUCACCCUGCAGGUGGCGGGCGGCCCGGUGGUUGUGGCGGGCAACUCCAUCGGCGGCUUCAUCAGCAGCAGCAUGGCCGCAGACUACCCGGCCCUGGUCAAGGGGCUGGUGCUGCUCAACAGCGCGGGCCCGGUGGACGCCUCGUUCAACAUCGAGGCCUGGAGGGCGGCGGUGGCGGCGGGCCGCAAGGCGCCGCCGGCCCUGGUGGUGUCCGCCAUCAGCUCAGCGCUGUUCUGGUACCUGGAGCGCACGGUGCCCUCCACGCUCAAGUGGCUGUACCCCACCAACCCCGCCAAGGCCGACGAGUGGCUGGCCGCCGAGAUCCUCAGGGCUGCUGGUGACAGCGGCGCGGUGGAUGUGUUCAAGGCGGUGUUCUACCUGCCGCCGCCGCGCGCGCUCAACUGGCUGGUGAAGGACGCAUACGCGGGGCCGGCCAUGGUGCUACAGGGCGCGCUGGACCCGCUGAACGACGCCAAGUCGCGGGCGCGGGAGAUGGGCCAGCUGUGCCCCAACGUGCAGGUGGUGCUGCUGCAGGCAGGCCACUGCCCGCACGACGAGGUGCCGGACCAGGUGAACGCGGCGCUGCUGGGCUUCAUCCGCGACACAGUGCUGCCGGCCAUGGGGCGGGAGGCGGGGGCGGCGGGGGCAGGGGUGGGGGGCUCCAAGCUGGUGGGCGCCAAGAGCUCGCCGUGAGGCAGGCAGGCGGCCUGGCGUUUGUUCGUGUGUCUUUGUGUGUGUGAAUGUGUUUGUGUUUGUGUCUCAGCGUGGCCAAAAGAGGGGGCAGCUGCCGACCAUGGGGCUCGAGGCAGGGGCGGCAGGAGUGGCGUGGGCGGUGGGCUGCUGGGCGGCAUUGAAUGAUGGAUGAUGGCGGAAGCGGGCGCGGGCGCGCGGCAGUCUGUGUGGGGUGGUGGCUUGGUGCUGCGCUGUAUACCGUACUGUAUGACUCACUGGCGGGUCAUAGGACGCGUGGUGACUGGUGAGGGUAGGAACUGAUGCCAUGAGAGGCGCGCGCACGGCGUUAGUACGGUACUUGAUUUAAGUGACGUGCCAUCGAGAGAAAUCGUAUUCUCUCAUCGCCAACGGCACGGGGGGCGCUGCAUCCGGGAUACAACGAGCGUGCAAUGCGUGGGGCAGCACGCGGCAUGCUGGUUGAUCCACGUGUUUUGUGUGUGUGUGUGUGAUGGGACAGGGUUGACUGGUUGAGGCAGGUUGGCGAGGUCACGUAGGGUGCAGCUGACGCCCAUACCCCAAGCAGACAGCAAACAGUUUGCAGCGGCACAGCAGAAGUGCAUGGCUGGUCGAACGCCGGAGUUACUGUACCGACAAGUUG